AUGGAAGAACAGAAGGAAGAUCAACUAGAUUACGAGUCAGAAGAAAAGGAAAUCUUAAGAUUGGCCCAGUCAAAGAAGAACAUUAUGAGUUUGAACAUGGACCUUGAAAGCGAUAUGCAGAGAAUAGAUGAAGCGAAUCAGGAGCUUCUUCUCAAAAUCCAACAAAAAGAACAUGAGAUCCAGAGGCUAGAAAAUGAGGUUUCCCAGACUGGAGACCCUGCAGAAGAUGAGGAAUUGGAGAAGGAAAACUGCAUCAUGAUGGAACGGGAAAGAGCCUUGCAGGAGCUGAAGGAAGAAACAGUCAAAAUUGAAAGGAAGAAUGAGGCUCUGGCCCACAGUAUAUCGGAACUUCAAAGAAAGCUAGCAAGAAAAUCACAAAAGACAGCCAGGUGUGAACAAAGUGAUGGUAACACAGCCUCAGAAGAGUCAGAGGUUAAGUUACAACAGCUGGAAGUUUCCUGUGCAGACCAAGAAAAGGAGUUGGCCAAGAUAAUGAAUUACUAUGUGUUUGUGUCCGAGCUCUGUGAAGACCAAGCCCUCUGCAUAAAGAAGUACCAGGAAGCUUUGAAGCGAAUAGAAGAACUGGAAACUGAAUUCCUUGAGAAAGAAAUAUCAAAAGUCUUAAGCAUCGAUUCCAAGCAAGAGAAAUGUAACAGUAAAAAUAAGUAUAAUUCUAUCACCAGAAAGUCAAUGCAGUUCAGUAAAAGGAUGUUUUGCUCCCUCUUUUUUACCACGCUCUUUUUCAUCCAACUGCUGGGCUACCUAAUCUUCCAUUUAAGUUUUAUAAAUCCUGACCUCCUUGUCAACAUGCUGCCCAAGAUACUGAGCAGAGAAGUCUUGUGGAAGCUCCGAUGCUUCCUCUUUCCAUCUCUCACACUUGAGGUAGAGGACAUGUUACCGCACUGA